AUGUCUGCGCCAUCAUCCCAUACCGAAGCCGAGCCGGCGGAGCUGGACAUAUUCGAGAGCCUGCCUCCUCCCAAAGAUGAGCCUAUGCGCCCAUACUUUGUCAUCAGGCAAGACGUCGAACUUGAGAUCAACUUUCGGGAAAAGCGCAUCGUCGGCAAGUGCGAGAUCACAAUCGCUAGCGUCCGGGGCCACAGCAUGGAAGAGAUUGCCAUCGACGCGCGACAAACGGAGAUUGACGUCGACAAUAUCGAGAUUGAGCUGCUGAAAGACACGCAACCCGUCGGCGCACCGAGGAAGAUCGCGGCCACGUAUGAGGAUCCCUACAAGCUACUGGACUAUCCGAGUCACUACAACUGGAAUGCGACGCAUCACGACCUUAGAAGGCUCCGCAUGCGACCCCUCACCCACUCGCGACGGAAGGACGCAGCCGCUGAAGAUAGGGAAACAGUUGGCUCAACGCCCGUCGAUGGGUCAAUUCGCAUCAACCUGAAAGACCUGGAAAGAACGAAGGACUUGAAAGAGGAAGGCAACCAGAAGCGGCCGAUCAAAAUCCGGGUUUCAUCGGCAAACCCAGGCUCGUCCACCACCGAAUCUCCAUUUGACCCGAAUCCUUUGGUUUCACAAGAAUACCGUGUGACCAUACCAUUCACCACCAAGAACAUUCGAGACGGAAUCCAGUUUGUUGGAGUCGACCCAGGCGAUUUCAAGUGGCCUCAUGUCUACACGCGGCACUCUGUCGAACCGGGAACCGCGUCCUGCAUUUUCCCAUGCAUUGAUGACCAUGGCCAGAGCUGUGCCUGGUCCCUUGCCAUCAAGCUGCCAAAGACGCUGGGCGAUGCUCUGCGUCAACCUCUUGCGACCCAGAACGGUGUGAACGGUCACUCCCGCAGCGCCGGCCAGAAGUCACAGCCGCACAAUGAUGAUUAUGCGCUCUCUGAAGAGGACAAGCUUCUGGAAAUGACGGCCAUCUGCUCAGGUUUCAUCGCCGAGGAGUUGAUCGACCCAACGGAUGACUCCAAGAAGAUCAUGCUGUUUGAGCUUGACAAGAAGGCAUCUGCCCAGAAACUAGGCUUUGCCGUCGGGCCCUUCCAGCUUGUUGACGUCUCUGCAGCCUUCCGCCCCGAGGCGGAUGAUGAGAAACUCGGGGCAAACGCGCUGAAAAUACAGGCCUUCUGUUUGCCUGGGCGUGCUGAGGAAACAUUGAACACGUGUCAGGCUCUUCCGUCAGCGGCCGACUUUUUCACCCUCACUUUUGCGCGUUACCCUUUCGAGGAGUAUCGACUCUGCUUUGUCGAUGACAUGGUGAACGACACAAUUGCCGUCCACUCGUUGUCACUUGUGAGCACGCGUCUUCUCUACCCAGAGAACGUUGUUGACCCGGAUGCGGAGGUUGACAUCUCGAGGAAACUUGUGCAGAGCUUGGCCGUCCAAUGGAGUGGCAUCAAUCUUCUUCCUAGCCGGCGUAACGACCUAUGGGUCGUUAUUGGCAUAGCUUACUACAUGGCCGACUUGUACCUCAAGAAACUGUGCGGUAACAACGACUACAGAUUCCGCAUGAAGUCCAUGGUUGACGAGCUGGUCGAGGUUGAUACGGGCCGGGCAUCACUCUACGACCUCGGCCGCAGCUUGCAUGUUGGCGACUUUGAGAUGGACUUCAUGACUUUGAAGGCGCCCCUUAUCAUGUUCAUUCUUGACAAGAGGCUUGCAAAAGCACCCGCGCAAACAAAUCUCACCCGGAUCAUUUCGAGGAUUCUUUACAAAGCGAACAUUGGAGAACGUCAGGGCGACUGGCUGAUUAACACGGAGUCCUUCCGGAGGUUUUGCGAAAAGAACUCUAAGAGCAAACUUGAAUCAUUUUGGAAGCAGUGGAUCUACGGCACAGGCUGUCCACGAUUCGAUGUCCAGCAAAAAUUCAACAAGAAAAAGCUCUGCGUCGAGAUGAUGGUUCGCCAAGUUCAAGUUAAGGAGAGGGACUCGAACCGGGCUCUUGACAAGAACGAUUUUCUGCGGCUGGUGAAAGAAAAGUUAUACGAUGUCGCUAUCGGCGAGAUCCAGCCCUGGUUCACGGGACCUAUGACCAUCCGCAUUCACGAGGCAGACGGUACACCUUACGAGCACAUAGUGGAGGUGCGCGAAGACGCCGCGGCCAUGAAGAUGUGCAAGUUCGACAUCCCCUACAACACAAAGUACAAGCGCCUGAAGCGUAGUCGACGUCAGCGCGAUAGGGCGGCUGCGCAGACCACGGCCGACGGCGAAGUCAACGAAGACUCCCUCCUGUACUGCUUGGGCGAUGUUCUACAGAGCCAAGACGACAUCCAGGAAUGGGACCUGCUCGACUGGCCUGCUGACAUGGAGAAGAAGAUGGACCAGGAAUCUUACGAAUGGAUUCGAAUGGACGCCGACUUUGAGUGGAUUUGCACGAUGAAGACCAACUCCGAGUCAUACAUGUAUGUCUCGCAACUCCAGCAAGAUAGGGAUGUGGUUGCGCAGCAGGAUACAAUGCUCUACUUGGGCAGGUCUCCGCCUCAUCCACUCGUCUCUUCUAUUCUCACGCGUACCUUAUUCGACAAGCGCUACUUUCAUGGUAUCCGCACAAUGGCAGCCAGCCAGCUCCACAGACAUAGCGUUCCAGGCCCGAAAGAUUCCAUGGUCGGUCUCUUUCACUUGCUACGAGCAUUCACACAACUUUGUUGUUUCCCAGGCACACAGAUGCCCCGUCCCAACGACUUUUCGGAUCGGAAGCAGUAUCUUGCCCAGAGCGCAAUCCCACUGGCCAUCGCAAGGGUGCGGGAUUCCAAUGGCAAGUGCCCUGAGCGGGCACGGCACUUCCUCUUGGAGCAGGUCCAGUUCAACAACAACGCCAACAACCCGUUUUCCGACAAUUUUUAUGUGGCAAAGCUCCUAGAGGCGCUUGCCACUAGCAUGAUCCCUGAUAAGCGACCGGACACGGAGGUGAUGCUCGACGAUAUCAUACGGACGGAUGAGGAGGACCAAUUCCUCCAAAACGCUCUCACUGAAAUUGACCGAUACCGCAGGAUGGACGAGUGGGCAAACUCUUACCACAAUAUUUGGACCAUCACAGCGCUUGACUGCAAAAGACGACUCAUGAAAGCCGGGGUCAUUCCCAAGGAUGGCCUUGACUUUAUGCAGUACCUGCAGGACGAGACAUACGAUCUCGUUCGUAUCAAGGCUUUUGAGGCUCUGGUCGAUCUUGGCUUCAUGAUGGAUGAUGUUGUCUUCCCUCAUCUGCUUCGAACGCUGAGCACAGACAAGUCGCCAUUUGUGCGCCACAAGCUGCUCAAGGUCUUCAGCAUUGGCCUUGCCGGCUUGGCAUUUGGUGAAUUCUCCAAGCCCAAUAGUGCGAUUAAACCACAGACAGGAGAUAUGUUCUUGGACGGCUUUGCGGAUGAACCGAAGGAAGAUAUGCUCGUCGUUGAAGCCGGUGAUAAGGAAACCACGGAACGUCGGCAGGAAUAUCUGCGCAAGCAUGAUCUCCACACGGCACUCACGGCGCUCAAGGCAGAGAUGAAAGACCAAUUCGCCCAUCAUGAGAUCACGAUCCAGAAGACUCUCUGGUAUGCUAUCAACCAGGACACUCUCGGUCGAGCAGAGAAGGCUACACUUUUAGAGUUCUGUGGGCUCAUGUUCGAUGCAUCCGACGAGUGGAUCGUCUCUCUGCCGCUUCCUCAGCGGUGGAAGGUCUCUCGUCCAGCGCACCGUGUUCCGGGCAAGCUCAUCGUUACGUUUACGCCAUACUACCGCGACUCCCUUCCCCGGCCUAAAGAAUUACCGAAGGCACCGGAGCCUGCUCCUGUUCCUCUUGUCGAGCCGCUUCCCAAACCUGUCGAGCCCAAGCGCGUCAUUGUCAACCCGAAAGUCAAGGCCAACAAGGUACCACCGCCAGCUGUUCCGGGUUCUGAACCACGCCAACCAUUGCCAACAAAGGCGGCGGCUCCUCUUCGUGACUCUCCCGUCGCAACCCCUAUUCGUGUGUCACCUGCCCUCAAGGAAUCGUCCCCUCGACCGCUGUCUGUUCCUGAACGCCAGGGCAGCGCACAGCCCAGGACAGAGUUGCCCUCAUCGGCCAAGGUCCCGAAACGUCCACGACCAGACAAGAUGAAUGGCGGCGAUGACCAGUCACCAAUUGCUAAGCGUCCAAAGAUCGGCAAGGAGGGCCACAGCGGCACUGCUCGCCCUCGAAAGAUCGUCACGAUAAGACACCCAGCACUGCGGCGGAUCCUGAAGGAGCUCAACGUCAGGUCAUCCUCUGGUGUGCCGCGCAAGCCCAGCUCAUUGCAGACCGUGCGUGCCUCGCCUGCCGCCGAUGGCACCAUUCAGGCCAAACCUGCGCGAAAGCCUCUUCCCAGCGGCGGUGACAGCGUACGCAAGCCCCUUCCGUCGGGUCUGCCAACCGGCACACCGUCGUCAAAGCCAACUGCCUCAUCGAUAGCCCACUCUUCAUCCACAUCUGUGUCAACGCCUACGCCCGCGCACGCCAGCCCGCCACCUCCUAGCAGUUCUGGAAGCCAGCCUGCGGCCGCGCCGAAGAGACUCAAACUCGUCAUUAAAAAGCCGACUCCGAAACCUCCGCCGGCACCAUAG